CUGCGCAGCGUGAAGGCAGAAGCGACCGAGCCGGAGCGGAGGGAGACUGGAGGAGCCCACACAUGAAUGUUGUUGUAGCGGAAAAUACCUUUGCUGCACUUUCACACGCUGCAACCUCUGAUUUGAAAAAUAACCAUAAUUUCCUCUCGGGGCUGACCGAGAGGAAGGACCACGCAGAGAGGAAUUAAAACAGGGUUUUUUUUCUCACGAAGGAUAAGUUUGUACGUGGAGUUUGGAGAGUAGUUUCGGGUAGGCUGACUGAGCUAGUCUGGCUGCCCGCUGCGCCUCCCUCCUGCCCGGCCAGCCAGCCUUAAGUUAGCCUGCUGCCCGUCUCAACCUCCAGCUGUUAGUGAACAUGGCGCUAAAAGCCAGGGUGCUAUACGACUUCAGCUCUGAAAACCCCGGGGAGGUGUCGGUGAAGGAGAGCGAAAUCCUCACUUUGUACAGCGAGCAGGAUAUUGACGGCUGGUUUGAGGGGGUGAACAGCAAAGGGGAGAGGGGUCUGUUCCCCGCGUCCUACGUGGAGAUCCUAAGGACCGACACCGCAUCCACGCUCAACAACAACAGCAGCUGCAGCACAUCUGGGGACGCUAAGCCUGACUCGCGAUAUGCAAACAUCCCCCCCGGAGGUUUCGACGGCUCUUACAAGCCUCAGAAUAAAGUUGACAACUUUACAAAACCGUCUGCUCCUAGUAUCGCCUCUUUCUCAGCCCCCACACAACCACCACCACCACAGCAGCAGCCCACUUACCAGCAGCCCAGCCACCAGCAGCCCAGCCAAGGCAGCGAUGAUGACUGGGAUGAUGACUGGGAUGACAGCUCUACUGUUGCAGAUGAGCCUGGGACUGUUGGUGGAGGGUAUCAUGGCUUUGAAGGUAAUCGAGCAUCCACUUAUAGAGUGUCAACAUCCUCAAUGUCAAGAGGUAACGCACAGCAAGCUAAGAGCUCUGCCACGGUCAGUAGAAACCUCAACAGGUUUUCCACCUUUGUGAAGUCAGGAGGAGAGGCGUUUGUGCUUGGGGAGGCCGCAGGCUUUGUGAAAGAUGGGGACAAAAUCUGCGUUAUAAUGGGUCAGUAUGGCCCCGAGUGGCAGGAGAACCCGUACCCAUUCGCUUGUUCAAUUGACGACCCAACUAAACAGACUAAGUUCAAGGGCAUGAAGAGCUACAUGUCCUACAAGCUGACCCCCACCCACACACAGAACCAGGUGAACAGGAGGUACAAGCACUUUGACUGGCUGUAUGCUCGGCUGGUGGAGAAGUUUCCCGUCAUCUCAGUGCCACACAUCCCAGAGAAGCAGGCCACGGGGCGCUUCGAGGAGGACUUCAUCUCCAAGAGGAGGAAAGGCCUCAUAUGGUGGAUGAACCACAUGAUCAGCCACCCUGUCCUGGCCAGGUGUGAUGUGUUCCAGCACUUCCUGACCUGCAACAGCACAGACGAGAAGGCCUGGAAGCUGGGGAAGAGGAAGGCUGAGAAGGACGAGAUGGUUGGAGCCAACUUUUUCCUCACCAUCAGCCCCCCUGCUGCUCCGCUUGACUUCCAGGAGGUCGAGAGCAAGAUAGACGGAUUCAAGACUUUCACCAAAAGGAUGGACGACAGCGCCUUUCAGCUCAACGCCACGGCCAACGAGUUUGCCCGCAAGCAGAUCACUGGCUUUAAGAAGGAGUAUCAGAAAGUGGGGAUGUCAUUCAAGGUCCUCAGCCAAGCCUUUGAAAUGGACCAGCAGGCUUACUCUUCAGGACUCAACCAGGCCAUCUCCUUCACUGGAGAUGCGUACGAAUCCAUCGGAGAGUAUUUUGCCGAGCAGCCCAGCAAAGAUCUCGACCCCAUCAUGGAUUUGUUAGCUCUUUACCAAGGACACCUGGCAAACUACCCAGACAUAAUCCAUGUCCAGAAAGGAGCCCUGACGAAGGUGAAGGAGAGCCAGAAGCAUGUGGAGGAAGGCAAGAUGGACCGGGCGCAGGCAGAAGGCAUCGACAACCGCUGCAACAUCAUCUCCGUCGCCACGCUGGCGGAGAUCCAGCACUUCCACCAGAUCCGCGUGCGCGACUUCAAGGCCCAGAUGCAGCAUUACCUGCAGCAGCAGAUCGCCUUCUUCCAAAAAAUCACAGGCAAGCUGGAGGAGGCUCUGCAGAAAUAUGACAACGCGUAAAAUUAUCGCUGGUUCCAGGCCGUCACUUUAGACCUCUGUGAUCAAUGACUCGGCAGCUCCUUCAGCCAGCCAACAGCAGCCAGUAGCACAUACUGGUGAAGGCUGUUCACCCAGCAGGGAGGGACAUUCAAGAUGAUGCACUCCGAUAAAAAACAUUUCAGCAAAAACCCAGGGUUCUGUGUGCGUUGGCCACAUUUGAGCUCACCUGGAUGUUCUUGUGUUAGAAGAAGACUGUCAUUUAACGAAGAACGGCCAUCUUGUAAUAGACAGUGAUAGUUUAAAGGAGAUUCAAUGAUAGUGAUGGUGCAACAAUGGUCUGUAUGUUGUUAGAGGAAAGCUCGUAUCGGGUGCUGCGUACACUCCAAGUGCAACAUUUCACACAAAGUGUUUUUUCGCCUUACAACAUGUUGAUGAGCGACUGCCACUGCAGGAGCGGCUGACACCUUGCCUUCUGGGAACACUCAGCCCUUCCUGGUAUCUCUCUAUUCUUGGACGAACUGAACACAAUGUUUACGGUCUCGCUGUGCCUUCUGAUUACAUCACUCUGGUCAUUUGUGUUACUUGUUCUUAACAAGCUUUAUAUACUGUAUAUGUAGAAAUAUAUUCUAUUUGUUUUUACAAAGCUACACAUUUUGCAGUCUUUGAAAAAAAAAAGAAAAGAUCACUGUGCUUUGAAAGAGGGCCGUGUCUUUUAUGGGAGACAGUAAUGUUCGAUUGUGGGGUUUUUCCCCCCCAACAAGUGGACCCUGGGGUGAUUUUCAACUCUCACAGUGCAGCAAAAACAGAGAGAGGUGAACCUGCUUUGACUAAAGGAACCCAUGCCUCACACGGGGGCACAGCCUCCCACGGGGGCACAGCCUCCCACGGGGGCACAGCCUCACACGGGGGCACAGCAAGAAACCGCAGUAUUUAAGGGAAGGGUUCAAUGGACACUUGUCACGCCGGAUAUCUGAUUCUGUGUCGACAAAAUGUUGUUUUUCAGGGUUUGUUUUUGGUGUAGUGCUGAGGCUGUUAGAGGGUAGUGGGUUCCUCACCUUUUUAAAACACACACUUUUAGACGGAUCAUCUGCAGUUUUUAGCCUUCAUGGUGUUUGCUGCAUCAUAAAGAGAUUAUCAAAAUAAAUUCCUCCUUCACAGUAA